AGGUGUAAAGUACUUGAGUAAUUUUACUUGAUUACUGUACUUAAGUAUUAUUUUUGGGGAUUUUUACUUUACUUGAGUACAAUUAAAAAUCAAUACUUUUACUUUUACUUAAUUACAUUUUUUUAGAAAAAAAAGUACUUUUUACUCCUUACAAUUUUAUUUACAGUCAAAAAGUACUUAUUUUUUGGAGAUCACUUCAUUCUAUUUUCCCUUGCUAUUACCAAACCAAUUGAAUUGCGCUGAUGCCCAGUUUAAUUUAAAUGUUAUUUAUUCUGCCUAUGAAAAUCGUUUUCACAUUAUAUGAAAUUGGUCAGACAUGUUCAUUGGUCCUUUGGAAGUGACGUCAUGUCACAUCUAUUACCACAAUGCACAGCACCUUGACCUGGAAAUUAGAGAAAUUAUAACAGUCAAUCAGUGGAAGAAAAUGGAGGAAGUAUGUGAUUCAUCAGCAGCUGCGAGCAGCACAGUCCAAAAUCAGCCACAGGAUCAAGAGCACCCGUGGCCGUAUCUUCGCGAAUUAUUUUCUUUUAGUGGUGUAAAUAAAGAUUCAUUCAAGAUGAAAUGUGUCCUCUGUCUCCCGCUUAAUAAAGAAAUAUCGGCCUUCAAAAGUUCGCCAUCAAACCUAAGGAAGCAUAUUGAGAGAAUGCACCCAAAUUACCUCAAAAACUACUCUAAAUUGACAGCACAGAAGAGAAAGAUCGGGACCUCCACCCAUGCUUCCAGCAGUAAGCAACUGAAAGUUGACUCAGUUUUCCCAGUCAAACAUGUGUCUCCAGUCACUGUGAACAAAGCUAUAUUAAGGUACAUCAUUCAAGGACUUCAUCCUUUCAGCACUGUUGAUCUGCCAUCAUUUAAAGAGCUGAUUAGUACACUGCAGCCUGGCAUUUCUGUCAUUACAAGGCCUACUUUACGCUCCAAGAUAGCUGAAGCUGCUCUGAUCAUGAAACAGAAAGUGACUGCUGCCAUGAGUGAAGUUGAAUGGAUUGCAACCACAACGGAUUGUUGGACUGCACGUAGAAAGUCAUUCAUUGGUGUAACUGCUCACUGGAUCAACCCUGGAAGUCUUGAAAGACAUUCCGCCUUUGCACUUGCCUGCAAAAGAUUAAUGGGCUCUCAUACUUUUGAGGUACUGGCCAGUGCCAUGAAUGAUAUCCACUCAGAGUAUGAAAUACGUGACAAGGUUGUUUGCACAACCACAGACAGUGGUUCCAACUUUCUGAAGGCUUUCAGAGUUUUUGGUGUGGAAAACAAUGAUAUCGAGACUGAGGCAAGAAGGUGUGAAAGUGAUGACACUGAUUCUGAAGGCUGUGGUGAGGGAAGUGAUGGUGUGGAAUUCCAAGAUGCCUCACGAGUCCUGGACCAAGACGAUGGCUUCGAAUUCCAGCUACCAAAACAUCAAAAGUGUGCCUGUCACUUACUUAACCUAGUCUCAAGCGUUGAUGCCCAAAAAGCUCUCUCAAAUGAACACUACAAGAAACUAUACAGAUCUGUCUUUGGCAAAUGCCAAGCUUUAUGGAAUAAAAGCAGCCGAUCGGCUCUAGCAGCUGAAGCUGUUGAAUCAGAAAGCCGGCUUCAGCUUUUAAGGCCAAACCAAACGCGGUGGAAUUCAACUUUUAUGGCUGUUGACAGAAUUCUUCAAAUUUGCAAAGAAGCAGGAGAAGGCGCACUUCGGAAUAUAUGCACCUCUCUUGAGGUUCCAAUGUUUAAUCCAGCAGAAAUGCUGUUCUUGACAGAGUGGGCCAACACAAUGCGUCCAGUUGCAAAAGUACUCGACAUCUUGCAAGCGGAAACGAAUACACAGCUGGGGUGGCUGCUGCCUAGUGUCCAUCAGUUAAGCUUGAAACUUCAGCGACUCCACCAUUCUCUCAGGUACUGUGACCCACUUGUGGAUGCCCUACAACAAGGAAUCCAAACACGAUUCAAGCAUAUGUUUGAAGAUCCUGAGAUCAUAGCAGCUGCCAUCCUUCUCCCUAAAUUUCGGACCUCUUGGACAAAUGAUGAAACCAUCAUAAAACGAGGCAUGGACUACAUCAGAGUGCAUCUGGAGCCUUUGGACCACAAGAAGGAAUUGGCCAACACUUCAUCUGAUGAUGAAGAUUUUUUUGCUUCUUUGAAACCGACAACACAUGAAGCCAGCAAAGAGUUGGAUGGAUAUCUGGCCUGUGUUUCAGACACCAGGGAGUCUCUGCUCACGUUUCCUGCUAUUUGCAGCCUCUCUAUCAAGACUAAUACACCUCUUCCCGCAUCGGCUGCCUGUGAGAGGCUUUUCAGCACUGCAGGAUUGCUUUUCAGCCCCAAAAGAGCUAGGCUUGACACUAACAAUUUUGAGAAUCAGCUUCUACUGAAGUUAAAUCUGAGGUUUUACAACUUUGAGUAGCGUGUACUGGCAUUAGAUUGUCUGUCUUAUAGUUUGAUAAUUAAAUACAAACAGUUCUAAAGCAGGAUAAAACCUUGUAUGCAUUUCAUUUAAUGUUUUUUGAGAUUAAAAGCUUAAACAAGAA